AUGGAAAGCGAGACCGAGUUUCAAGACAUGAUAUCAAUUAUUUUGGCAAUUACCUUCCUGAUCUUCUCCUACAACGAAAUGAUGCCUCGUGUCAGCUACAUCAAAGCUAUGGAUAUCUAUCUUGGAGUAUGUUUCAUGAUCGUUUUUCUCUCGUUGAUAAAACUCGCCUUUGUCAAGUACAUGCGUCAAAGGAUUAAAAUGGAAAGUGAAAGCUUCAACUCAAUCUCUGGGAUGAUGACCAACAAUCAACCAGUGAAUGGCGUCAUUCCCCCAAAACCUGGCUCAAAUCUUGUACUCCGCAACGGGAGGUGA